CGAUUAUGUGGAUCACGCGAAUUUAUUUCCAAUUCACUUUCAAUGUGACCAGCUGGUUUUGUUGGCAAUAUGCGCGUAUUUUUAGUGGCAAUAUUGAUUAUCGCGCUUACAUCUGUAGCAAGCCAAGAGCAUCGACUGGAGGAGACGAAGCCGGGAAUAUGCUACAAAAUCCACACGCCCGAACAGACGCAAUUCUACCCGAAUCCCAGGAAAAAGCUGUACUCCGAUCUCCAUGAAUCCUGCACGAAAUGGAUAAAACACGAACGAAAGGAUUGUUUGAGCCUCAAAACGCAAAACGACGAGGUCCUUAUUCUAUCCUGCAUUGACGUGAGGAGCAGGAAACGUCCCGGGUGUUACAAAAUCAUCAACAGGGACAAAAGAGAGGAAAUCGUGUGCCAGAAAUUCGACAAAAAACAAGGCUGCAGCGUCGUGGUCACCAGGACGAAUCUCAGUAUUGUUAUAGGCUGUUUGCCUAGGGGUUAUUCACCGAGUAUAUUCGAUAUUAUAACGCGAAAACCGCCUAGAGAAUAAGAUUGGAUUUUUCGA